CUUUUAUGAUUUAGGAUACUAUUAUCGAUAUUUAAUGAGCACUGACUAAAAUGUCGUAAAUUUUCUUGCAUCUCCCUUGCUGUUCUCGGAAACGUAUUACAUAAAUAGGAGUAUUAGAACAAAAAAACAAUGUUACGAUCAUCUAUUUUAUCUACGACCAUACCCAAGUGUCUGCAAAUCAUAUGUCAAAAUUCGAACGCGGUAUCUGUAGUGCCUGCACUAAAUGGUUUUUGGGUUCGUCGACAACAAACUCUGCCGGUUGUAGACUCGUCCAAAGUUUUAGAAAAGAAAGGUUACUCACCGUUUGGCACAAAGCAAGCUUCUGUGGCCGAGUGGUCAUUAGCAAGACUCGAUGAUCUGUUAAAUUGGGGUCGUAAGGGUUCAAUAUGGCCAUUGACAUUUGGUUUGGCAUGCUGUGCUGUUGAAAUGAUGCACAUCGCCGCACCACGUUAUGAUAUGGAUCGUUACGGAGUGGUAUUCCGAGCAUCACCGCGCCAAGCAGACGUAAUUAUUGUAGCUGGUACAUUGACCAACAAAAUGGCACCGGCUUUGCGUAAAGUCUAUGAUCAAAUGCCUGAGCCACGAUGGGUUAUUUCUAUGGGAAGCUGUGCCAACGGCGGUGGCUAUUAUCACUAUUCGUACUCUGUAGUUCGCGGUUGCGACCGAAUAAUACCUGUCGACAUAUAUGUCCCAGGCUGUCCACCUACCGCAGAAGCUUUAAUGUACGGUGUGCUACAGUUGCAGAAAAAAGUAAAACGCAUGAAGACUCUCCAGAUGUGGUACAGAAAAUAAAUAAAAUCUGAGAAUGAUAAAUUAAAUUAAAAAUGCCAUGAAUAUUAAACACGGUGCAGAUUACAUCUUUUCAAUUUAUGAGAAACAUUUAUGGUUCAAGAUCCUUCCUUUACAAUUUUGGAAUAUAUGCGACAUGCACAUAUGUAUAUACUAAAUACACCGUUAAAAUGUAUAAUUCAAUAAUUUGAAAAAAUAAAUGUUUGACUCAGUGGU